AUGGCAAGAAAUUCAAAGAAGAAUGCAAGAAAACGAUCCAUGGAAGAAUGUGUUACCAAGAAAAAUGAAGAGUUCCCUCAUGAGAAGAGUGGAAGAAGCAAGAAAAAGGAAGAGUUCCCUCAUGAGAAGAGUGGAAGAAGCAAGAAAAAACAAGAGUUCCCUGUUGAGAUUAGUGGAAGAAGCAAGAAAAAAGAAGAGUUCCCCGUUGAGAUUAGUGGAAGAAGCAAGAAAAAAGAAGAGUUCCCCGUUGAGAUUAGUGGAAGAAGCAAGAAAAAAGAAGAGUUCCCCGUUGAGAUUAGUGGAAGAAGCAAGAAAAAGCAAUUCAAAAAAGAAGAUCAAGUAGGGGAAUCGAGCAAGAAAGAAAGAAGGAUGAAACCCCAAAAAAAAUGGUUUGGUGAAAAAUUGAUAAGGGAAGCCGAUGCAUUGAGUAGGAAAGAAAGAGAGGAAUAUAUGAAGGAGGGUAAAAGAAUGUUGGUUUUUGAGGACGAGGAAGAUAAAGCCAGACAUGGUAAAAAGAAGAGAAAGAAGCACUCUCGUGUUCAGAAGAAAGGGAAGAAGGGGUAA